AUGGACAGGCCAUUUAUGCCAAAAUACGGUACAGUGUCUCAAGUACUUUUGCAACUGGUUGUAGCUUACGUCAAAUUCGAUCACUUAAGACCUGGCUUUCUUCGCACGCAAAUCAACAUAGGCAUGUCUUCACAGAUCGUGCUGAUCUCCGGUUGUUCUAGCGGCAUUGGACUCGCUACUGCAGUGCAUCUGGCUAAAGAUGCCGACAAACGCUUCAAGGUUUAUGCCACCAUGAGAAAUCUGGCGAACUGAAAGGACAACUGGAGGAAGAAGGAAAGGAACAACUUGGAGACAGUUUGAUCAUCAAACAGAUGGACGUGAGCAGUGAUGAAUCAGUCACGAAGGUUGUUAAAGAAGUGCUCGACGCUGAGGGAAAAAUUGAUGUGUUGUGUAAGUGCCUGAAGUACUGUUAUAUUUUCAGACUUAGAUAG